AAACAGAGGAAAGAGGCCCGCAAACGACGUCAAUGUCGCGCGGUCCCGCCGUUCUCAGCUGAAAAUGGUUCGAAUCCACGUGAAGCACGGCGACGGCUCCGACCAAAAGGAGUUCCUCUACGACUGUUCAACCACGUCGCCAAUUGAAGAAAUUGCCCCCGAAAUCUCGCGAAUUUCCAAUCUUCAAUCCAGGAUCGACCGCCUGGUUUUCGAGCUCGAACCUCAUUUGGAACCCCUCCAAGGCGACGCAAAAGCUGUUUCUCUCCUCAGAGCUUUAUCUGAAGCCAAAUCCUAUGCUUCAAAGGACCAGGUUGUUCACAAUAGGCCUUUGUCUUAUCAUGUGCUAAGAAACAAUGUACAAGCCUUAGAGAGAGAGCUCAACUCGGUUCCUCAGUUUCAGAAACUGUUAGCAGACGUUGAAUCUAGUGGAGAGGAUUUGAGGCAGGUUUGUUGGGCCGGGAAAGUGCUUGAUAGAAGUAAGCGGUUAUGUGAUUAUAUUGGAGCCAAUGAGAAAACAAAGAUUGUUAUCAAGCUGCAGUCAACUGAGUCGUGUCCUGUAUAAUUAGUGGUAAAUGUGGCAAAUGAAUCAGCUCUUCCAUACAUAGACUUGUAUGUUUGUGUAUGUCUUUUUGUGUUGCACAAGUGAGUGUGUGUUCAUGUGCAUGAUUGAAUUGAUUUGCGUUCAGUAAACGGCAAGAUGCAUCCGAGGGACCACAAAUGCCUGCGAAGAUGGACGCUGAUAGACCAAGGCACUUGAUUCUCAAACAAGUUACAGGUCUACAGUGCACUGUCAAAUUAUAAUGUAAAUUCUUCCUCAUCUGGUUUGUGUGUUUUUGGUUGGAUGAGAAUCCCAAGAAGAAUGAUAAGAGAUUUUGAAUUUGUGAUGCA